GUGAUAGCGGGAAAAGGGGUUUUAAAUUAUGAGUUGUCGUUGGAUGCAAUAGCAAGUGCAGGCGCAUCGAACUUCCAAAUCGCGCGGACACACCCAACCCACUCCAAAGGGCCUAAUAAUGACAUGGCGACGCAAUCAGCGAGUUCUUGCGAAUCCUCGUGCCUGGAAGUAUAAGUUAAUGUGGCCAUUAACAACUCGGAUGCUGCCAACGCUCAGCCAGCACUCAAUCCUCGAAGCGACUUCAACUCCAGACUCGUACCCAGUCUGGUUUAACUCUUAACACAAUGUGUUCUCUUCAUGUUGGCGGGAAAUAUUUCGGGCUGAUCGGCAUCACUUUUGUGUUCAUCUCAACCCGUCCAACUACCACAUACAUAAUAUGUUUCCCUUAUAUUGCUUCGCGCACACAGACCCAUGGAAAGUUUCUGGGUAAGUAGCUCGCCCAGAAACCCAUACUGCGCGCGCGAACAUAAUUUGAGGGGAGGUAUCAGCAAUAUUGUCCCUUCUGCACGCAACGACUGGAGUACGUUGCAACGUUUCUGGGAU